AAAAUCUACAAAUAAGUCGCGAUAAAUUUAAGUUUAAUACGAAGUAUAAAUUUUAAUACUAAUAUUUUAACAUGGGUGAUAACGACGAACGUACUAUUUGGUGCGGAAAUUUAAAUGAAAAGGUUACUGAAGCUAUACUUUACGAAUUAUUUCUACAGGUAGGACCUUUGGAGCGCGUUCGUAUACCUCCUAGUCGAAAUGGCAGGGGUGGGAAUUACGGUUUUAUUACCUUUAGUCAUUCUUGUUCGGUUGAUUAUGCCUUAAAUGUUCUUGAUGGUACAUGUUUGUAUGGACAAAAAUUAAAUAUGAAACCUCGUAAGCCAUUGGCUUAUAAAUGUGAUGACCCAUUCGCUACAAGUCGGGAUGAUUUUAUAAGGGGAGUUGACUUAUAUAGGGGAACUAAUAAUUCAACAUUUAAUAGCCCCUUAGCAAAUCCUUAUAAUCAUAGCGGAUAUAUAGAUAAAAGCAUGUUACCCACUUCAGGAAGCAAUAAAAGGACAUACGAUCAAUUCUCACCUUCAUAUAAUAGUUUUGAUGACGAUAAAGUAAAAUCUGUUAUUAAUCAGGUCUCUCCUGUGCCUGGUUUAAAUUAUGCUGCUUUUAUGAAUUUGGGACAACAAAUGUUCGCUAUGAGUCAAAUGUUACCAUCACCAUUGCUAAAUUCAGUUCAAAACUCUUAUUAUGGUACACCAGUGCAACAAUUUGAACAAAAUAAUUCUAAUGGUCGAGAUUCUUAUAGAUCAAAUAAUAGACAACGUCACAGGUCAAAUCAUCGUAGAAGUAAUGAAGGACGCAAUAGAAGACACUAAAGAUAUUUAACAAAGGCAAUAAAAGAAUUAAAUACAAUUUAACAUAAUAUUUAAAUGUUUUAUGGUAAAAUCAAUUUACACAGUAAAGUAUAAACAUAAUCAGUGAAGUACAAAUUUUAUUAAGAAAAUUAUCUAUGUACAAAUUUUUAAAUAAUCCUUAAUAUUUAAGUUUACUUAUCAACUGCUGUUGGGUAAUACAAUUCCCUUAGAGUCUGCGCAUCCUAGUUCUGAA